CUGCGCUGCGCGGUCCUCCCAGCCCCGCUCUCCAUCACUCGCGCUCCCCUCGCCUUCUGUGCUCUCCCCUCCCCGGCAGCGGCGGCAAUGCCGGGGCCUUCGCCAGGGCUGCGCCGAGCGCUCCUCGGCCUCUGGGCUGCCCUGGGCCUGGGGAUCCUAGGCAUCUCAGCGGUCGCGCUAGAACCUUUCUGGGCGGACCUUCAGCCCCGCGUGGCGCUCGUGGAGCGCGGGGGCUCGCUGUGGCUCAACUGCAGCACUAACUGUCCGCGGCCGGAGCGCGGUGGCCUGGAGACAUCGCUACGCCGAAACGGGACCCAGAGGGGUCUGCGCUGGCUGGCUCGGCAGCUGGUGGACAUCCGAGAGCCUGAGACCCAGCCGGUCUGCUUCUUCCGCUGCGCGCGCCGCACACUCCAAGCGCGUGGACUCAUUCGAACUUUCCAGCGACCGGAUCGGGUAGAGCUGGUGCCGCUCCCUUCUUGGCAGCCAGUGGGCGAGAACUUCACCUUGAGCUGCAGGGUCCCGGGAGCAGGACCCCGAGCGAGCCUCACAUUGACCCUGCUGCGGGGCGGCCAGGAGCUGAUUCGCCGCAGUUUCGUAGGCGAGCCACCCCGAGCGCGGGGUGCGAUGCUCACCGCCACGGUCCUGGCACGCAGGGAGGACCACAGGGUCAAUUUCUCAUGCCUCGCCGAGCUUGACCUGCGGCCACACGGCUUGGGACUGUUUGCAAAUAGCUCGGCCCCCAGACAGCUCCGAACCUUUGCCAUGCCUCCACUUUCCCCGAGUCUUAUUGCUCCCCGAGUCUUAGAAGUGGACUCAGAAAGGCCGGUGACUUGCACGUUGGACGGACUGUUUCCUGCCCCAGAAGCCGGGGUUUAUCUCUCUCUGGGAGAUCAGAGGCUCCAUCCUAAUGUGACCCUCGAUGGGGACAGCCUUGUGGCCACUGCCACAGCUACAGCAAACGCAGAACAGGAAGGCACCAAACAGCUGAUGUGCGUCGUGACCCUCGGGGGCGAAAGCAGGGAGACCCAGGAAAACCUGACUGUCUACAGCUUCCCAGCUCCUCUUCUGACUUUGAGUGAGCCAGAAGCCCCCGAGGGAAAGAUGGUGACCAUAAGCUGCUGGGCAGGGGCUCGAGCCCUUGUCACCCUGGAGGGAAUUCCAGCUGCGGUCCCCGGGCAGCCCGCUGAGCUCCAGUUAAAUGUUACAAAGAACGAUGACAAGCGGGGCUUCUUCUGCGACGCCGCCCUCGAUGUGGACGGGGAAACACUAAGAAAAAACCAGAGCUCUGAGCUUCGUGUCCUGUAUGCACCUCGCCUGGAUGACUUGGAUUGUCCCAGAAGCUGGACAUGGCCAGAGGGUCCAGAGCAGACCCUCCACUGCGAGGCCCGCGGAAACCCUGAGCCCUCGGUUCACUGUGCAAGGCCUGAGGGCGGGGCGGUGCUAGCGCUGGGCCUAUUGGGUCCAGUGACCCGUGCCCUUGCAGGCACUUACCGUUGCACAGCAGUCAAUGGGCAAGGCCAGGCGGUCAAAGAUGUGACCCUGACCGUGGAAUAUGCCCCAGCGCUGGACAGUGUAGGCUGCCCAGAACAUAUUACUUGGCUGGAGGGAACGGAGGCAUCGCUUAGCUGUGUGGCACACGGGGUCCCACCACCUAGCGUGAGUUGUGUGCGCUCUGGAAAGGAGGAAGUCAUGGAAGGGCCUCUGCGCGUGGCCCGGGAGCACGCCGGCACUUACCGAUGCGAAGCCAUCAACGCCAGAGGAUCAGCGGCCAAAAAUGUGGCCGUCACGGUGGAAUAUGGUCCCAGUUUUGAGGAGUUGGGCUGCCCCAGCAACUGGACGUGGGUAGAGGGAUCUGGAAAGCUGUUUUCCUGUGAAGUUGAUGGGAAGCCAGAACCACGUGUGGAGUGCGUAGGCUCGGAGGGUGUAAGCGAAGGGAUAGUGUUGCCCUUGGUGUCCUCAAACUCUGGUCCUAGAAACUCUAUGACCCCUGGUAACCUGUCACCGGGCAUUUACCUCUGCAACGCCACCAACCGGCACGGCUCCACGGUCAAAACUGUCGUCGUGAGCGCGGAGUCGCCGCCACAGAUGGAUGAAUCCAGUUGCCCGAGUCACCAGACCUGGCUGGAAGGAGCUGAGGCUACCGCGCUGGCCUGCAGUGCCAGGGGCCGCCCCUCUCCACGGGUGCGUUGCUCCAGGGAGGGUGCCGCCAGGCUGGAGAGGCUACAGGUGUCCCGAGAGGAUGCGGGGACCUACCGCUGUGUGGCCACCAAUGCGCAUGGCACGGAUUCACGGACGGUCACUGUGGGUGUGGAAUACCGGCCUGUGGUGGCUGAGCUGGCAGCCUCGCCCCCAAGCGUGCGGCCGGGCGGUAACUUCACUCUGACCUGCCGUGCAGAGGCUUGGCCUCCAGCCCAGAUCAGCUGGCGCGCGCCCCCGGGGGCUCUCAACCUCGGCCUCUCCAGCAACAAUAGCACUCUGAGCGUGGCGGGAGCCAUGGGCAGCCAUGGCGGCGAGUAUGAGUGUGCAGCGACCAAUGCGCAUGGGCGCCACGCACGGCGCAUCACGGUGCGCGUGGCCGGUCCAUGGCUGUGGGUCGCUGUGGGCGGUGCGGCAGGGGGCGCGGCGCUGCUGGCCGCUGGGGCCGGCCUGGCCUUCUACGUGCAAUCCACCGCUUGCAAGAAGGGCGAGUACAACGUCCAGGAGGCUGAGAGCUCAGGCGAGGCCGUGUGUCUCAAUGGCGCGGGCGGGACACCGGGUGCAGAAGGCGGAGCAGAGACCCCAGGCACUGCCGAGUCACCUGCAGAUGGCGAGGUUUUCGCUAUCCAGCUGACAUCUUCCUGAGCCUAUGCCCAGCUCCCACAGGGGCCUCACAAGCACAGAGGUGGACGUAUGUAUUGUUCGCUCUCUAUUUAUUCAACUCCAGGGGCAUCGCCCCCAUUUUCUACCCAUUCCCUUCAAUAAAGUUUUUAUAAAGGAG